AUGCAGCACAAACAGGAUGGUAGUUGUUCUAGAGUGUCAUCUGCUCACUCAAGCUUUUCUUGCUACUAUUGCCAAGAGAGCUUUCUCACUCCGCUUCUUCUAAUUCAACACGUGGAAUGGGUGCAUCGAAUAAAUUUGAUGAAGUCCUCUGGAAAGGAAGUUAAAAGCCAUCUAGUUGAUGAGCACAGCAUCUUCAAUACCAUAGAGGCCAAAACUACUUCGUCCAUUACGAAUGAGCUAAAGUCUGCAGUAGGAGUAUUUUCUAUGGCCUCAUCUUUUGAGGGUGAGAAACAAUCAUUUGAGGAAGGUCAAAUGGAGCUUCACCAAGAAAACAUAUUUUCUUCGACACAAGAUACUGGAACUGUCCGUGAGGCUGUUUGCAUUUCUUACAAGAGGAAAACGUGUUGCAUGGAGGAUGGAGGGGAACCUUGUGAGCAGAUUACAUCUUGCCCAAUACUGUUUCCAGAGGAAACAGCUUCAGAUUCAGAAGAGCUAGCUCAAAGAAUUUGUCCGAAAGAAAGCUAUAUCACCGAGGAAAACAAAACUCUGUACAAGGAGGAGACACAAUCAAGCGAUAAAGUUAGAAAUUUUACUUGCAUUCACUGUUCAAAACGCUAUUUUCAAAAUAUCCAUCUUCGCAAACACAUAAUGAAUGCACACACAGGUGAGAAGCCCUUUGCUUGCUCGAUGUGCGAUUAUAGGACAGUUGAAAAAAGUCAUUUGACGGUACACUUAAGGAGGCAUACGAAAGAAAGACCAUUUAGAUGCCAUAUUUGUGACUACAAAGCCUCCCAAAAUUCCACUCUUAAGAUACAUUGCCAAAGAAAGCAUAACGGGCAAUUUUUGUCUUGUUGUUGUAAUAAAAGAUUCUACACACAAAAGGAUAUUGAAAAACACUUAAAAAAAUAUAGCUGUGAUAAACUAAAAAUUUGA